UAAAUUGAGAUGUCUACAAUAUUGGGGCAGGAGCAGAGUAUUUAUAUCACCCACGAGCUUUUGCAUCUUCUCCUGCACCUUCAUCACUUCUCCUUUCUCUUUCUGUUUUCUUUCCGGAGACAUUUGUCUGAUCUCAGUAUCAUUAUCGAUUACAACCAUUCAAACACAGCCUUGAGAAAGAAAAAAAAAAUGAUACAAGAGAAGAAACAUGACCUAGUAAUAUUAGCAUAAUGGUCAGAUCACACAAGCAACAACCACGCGUAUCUACUACUUACAUCCGAUCUCUCGUGAAGCAACAGCUUGCCUCUUCCACCACUAUGACUACAACCACCACAACCGCAGAUAGCAGCAAAACCCCAACGCAAACACAAACGCAAACGCAGACGCACAAGAAACAAGUGAGAAGACGACUCCACACGACCCGUCCUUACCAAGAGCGUCUCCUUAACAUGGCCGAAGCUCGUCGAGAAAUCGUCACCGCCUUAAAACAACAUCGCGCUUCCAUGAGACAAGCCGCCAGGGUUCCACCGCCUCCUCCACCGCAUAUUCCUUUUUCUGCACCGCCGCCCCCUCCUCCUCCGGAUCCAUUUUCUUGGUCGAAUCCACAUCUCAACUUCCUCCUCCCAAAUCAACCGUUAGGGUUAAACCUCAACUUCGACGACUUCAUCCAAAACUCAUCGUCAUCUUCUUCUUCUUCCUCAUCAUCGUCUAGUUCAUCUUCAUCAUCCUCAUCGAUGUUUCCAACGACGAAUCCGCAUAUCUACUCCUCCCCAUCACCGCCCCUUCCCACCUUCGCCACACAAUCAGACUCUGUUCCGCAUCAACCGGUGAUGGUAGCUGAGAACAACGUAGCGACGUCAGCUUGGUGGUCAGAGCUCAUGAUGAAGACGGUGGAGCCGGAUGUAAUAAAGACGGAGGAAGAAGUCGCAGUAGCCGAAGAUGACGUCUUCCCAAAGUUCAAUGACGUCAUGGAGUUUCCACCGUGGUUAAAUCCAACUGAUGAAGAAUUGUUUCAUCAUCCUUACAAUCUCACUCAUUACUCCUCCCCUCACAAUCCUCCACUAACCUGUAUGGAGAUUGGAGAAAUUGAAGGCAUGGAUGGAGACGACUGGCUUGCUUGAACCACAAAGAUUGAUUACUGUUUCUUUUUUUUAUCAGACAUGAUGAAUCAACUCUUUGGUUCUUUUCUUAUUUCUUAUUUAUUUGUUUUUCUUUCUAAUUUUUGUUUUUGUUUGGAGACAUAAUCAAGAAAGACAUUUUGAAUC